AUGGAUGUCUCAAACCUGGAAAAUAUCAUACGAGGCUACGGUAUCGCCAUUGACCGACACACCCUGCAGGCGGCCCUCGACGACCCAGAGCACGGAACUGCCUUUACAGAAUGGGCACGCCUUCACCUCGGCCCCGAAAACCUGCUGUCUAGAGACGAAUUAGCCUUGUACUCAGCCCUGGACAGAUCCGGUCAGGUCGACAAGCUGGUCGAGUCGCAGGAUCUGGCUGCUGUUCAAGCUGUAAGCGAACGCGAGAUACAGACUGCCAUCGAGGAGCUCAACCGGUCAACUGCGGCCAUUGUGAAGCAGACCGAGACCUUGAAGCAGCAGCAGGAUGCCCUGUCGAAGCUAGUCAAGACUCAUUCUAGGGUGGAGGAGGCUCGCUCCGACCUCGUCUUCCAACGGAACCAGAAGCAUGACACUGAGCGUAGGAAGAUGAUGACCACGGUCGAGGAGCUGUCUCAAAGUCUAGAGUACAAGGCGUCAGACCUCGAGCAGCAGUCCAAGGUUUCUGGUAACGGCCUGCAGCAGACUUUGGAUAGUCUGCUUCACUCCGACGACAAGCUUCUGCUGAGUCUCCGCAAACUGGGGCUCGAACUCGAGACCGAGGACCCAGAGGACCGUGAAAACGUGGAGAAGCUUCGUGAGAUCUGCAUGAGGAUGAUCAAAUACACCGUCGAAACGGUCCGCGCAAAGCUCGACAGGCUCUACCUCGAAGCUUUGAGCUCCGCCCACCAAAAUGGCGUGACAUCACACCCGUCAGACGAUGUCAAAACCUCGCAGGAGGAGCUCGAAUCUCUCUACGCAGAGAUCCUUCCCGUGGCUCAAAUGUCGGUGGAGCAGCAGCACCUCGAACCGGCUCUCAAGUCGCUAUCAAGCAAGAACGGACAGUCUCUCCGCCGCUCCGCCGCUGCGGUCAUCUACAUCGACGAAUGCCUAGAUUACCUCCUCGACCACAUGGACCGUCUCUCCACCCGCCUAGAAGCCUACCACUCCCACCAAACAGCAACAUCAAGCCUCCUCACCACAGCCCGCGCAGAACUCUCCACCCCAGUCGCGACGCCAAAGAAGAAGACACCAGCCCAAGACCUCGUCUCCCCCGUCCGCCGCCGCAACACAAACCCCGGAAGAUCACCCACCCGCGACGCAGCCAACCCCCGCCGCCGCCGCUCCUCAGCCUUUGACGAACCGCCCCUCGAAGCCCUCCUCCGCUCCCUCGCCAUCGCCUUUCCCGAGGACGUCACCGACAGCGCGGUCCAGACAGCCGUGUUAUCCGCCACUUUGGCAGAGCGACAGACGAAAGCCCGCGACGUGGCGCGGAAUGCUCAGGAGACGCUUGAGGGUGCCGCCGCGACGCAGCUUGCGGAUUCGAAGCUUGCGAUUCAGUUGCUGCGGGAUAGUCUGCUUGCUGAGAGUCCGUUUGGGGAUGUGAGGCUUGUGGAUGAGGGGAUUGAGGCUUCUAUUGCCGUGUUGGGACAGGAGGUUGAAAAGGUCAAGGAGAGGGUUGAGAGGGUUGAUGCUGGGAAGGCAAGGUUGAGGAGUGAGAGGAAGAGGGAAAUUUUGGAGCGAUGGGGGCAGUAA